CUAGUUAACGACUGUACACCGCGCUUGUAAAUGGUAAUUUCACCGAGAUAUUGUGAUAUUUACGCGGACGCCAGAAAAUCGACAGAAAGAUCGCCGGUUUAAACGAAAAUGGGUGCAUACUUGUCAGAACCGAUUACAAAGAAAGUGUCAAGCGAUGAAGUAGGCAAGAAUGUCGCAUUCGGCGCGAGUUCCAUGCAAGGCUGGCGAAUUAGUCAAGAGGAUGCACACAAUUGUUGCAUAGAUUUUGAUGAAAAUAUUUCAUUGUUUGCUGUAUAUGAUGGUCAUGGUGGCCAUGAAGUAGCAACUUACUGUGCACGUAAUCUCCCAGAUUUUAUUAAGCAAACUGAUGCAUAUAAAAAAGGAGACGUUAGACAAGCUUUGAUCGAUGCCUUUCUAGGUUUCGAUGCCACACUUGAAAAACCUGAAGUAGUUAGUAUUCUUAAAGAGCUUGCAGGAACAUCUACUUCAGACAAAAAAAAAGAUGACUUAAAUGAAUCUGAUGAAGAAGAAAAUGUUAAUAAUCUAUGUAUGGAGGCAACAAUGCCACUGGAAGAAGUUAUGGCAAAAUAUCAGUCAGAAUCAACUCCAACUAUAAAAAACCUGAAAAAUGAGAAAUGCAAUAAACGAGCUUGUUCCGCAAGUCCUUAUUUACGAGGUCGAAAAGGUAGAGAAAAAGCAAGUUCUACAUCAUCUGGUGCAGGGUGCUCAUCAUCUUCAUCUUCGUGGAAUACAAAUGAAACUGAUGUGAGCAGUUCUAGCCAACCAUGUGGGUCAGUUUUGUCUAGUUCCAUAGAAAGAAAGGAAUCAGAAUGCCCUGGAAACAAUGAGGCUGAACAAGUUCUUGAUUCAACUACUAGUAAUGGAAAUGUACAUGCAUCACCACCAGUGGGAUCAACAGUGGAUAUAGAACCAAUGAAAAGUGCAGAUAUGCCUGAUAGUUCAGAAGAUAUAAAUAAGAAGGUUUCGAGCCCUGGUAAAAUUAUAUGUGCAGAAUCAAAUGUAAAUGAAGUAGAAUUAAAUGGUGCAGAAUCAAAGCAAAUUGGAGAUGCAGAUAGUAGUAAGGGUGGGGGUGAUAACGUAUCAAGCAGUUCAUGCAUUCCGUUAGAAAAUGGAGAUGCAGGUCAACAAGAACGAAUAACCAGUACUGGUAGAAGAAGAAUUCAACCAGUUACUUUAUAUCAUACUCUACUUAAAAAAGAUAAUGAGGAUUCUGAAGAAGAUGAUGAUGAAACUGAUGAAACAUUUGAUGGAGUUCCAGAUAGUUUUAGUGAUGAAGAUGACACAGAAGAUAUUGACGAAGAUGAGAGUGAUGAAGACGAAGAUGAGGAAGAUGAAGAUGGAGAUGGUAAUAUUGAUGACGAUGAAGAUAAUGGAGCCCUUAUGGUGGAUACAGAAGAGCCAGGUUAUGAUAGUGGAUGUACUGCAGUAGUUGCAGUAUUAAAGGGCAAUGACUUGUAUGUGGCAAAUGCUGGAGACUCCCGUUGUGUUUUAUGUAGAGAUGGUCAGGCAAUUGAACUUAGCUUAGAUCAUAAACCUGAAGAUGAACCAGAAAUGAAACGUAUUGUAAAAGCUGGUGGAAAAGUUACUGCUGAUGGUAGAGUAAAUGGUGGCCUUAAUUUAUCAAGGGCACUUGGGGACCAUGCUUACAAGCAAAAUGUAGAUGUACCACCACAAGAACAAAUGAUUUCUGCACUUCCUGAUGUGAGGCAUAUUGCAGUUGAACCAGAAAAAGAUGAGUUCAUGAUACUUGCUUGUGAUGGUAUUUGGAACUUCAUGUCAAGUCAAGAUGUUGUACAAUUUAUUCAUACUCGUUUGACAUACAAUUAUGAUAAGCUGUCAAAAAUCUGUGAAGAGCUAUUUGACCACUGUCUUGCACCUGACACCUGUGGAGAUGGCACAGGAUGUGACAAUAUGACAGCUGUAAUAGUGCGAUUUAAACCGUCGACUGAUGACGUAACGAACAGUAAUAUUUCUGAAAUAUAUACUGCUAAAAGGUCAUUGUCACCAUCUGUACCCACGGAAGAAAGUAAUGACUGUGUUCUGCAGGAGGAUGCAACGAAAUCUUGUAAACGUCUUAAAACCGAAGCAACUAUGUGA